UUGUAAAUCGCAACCAUCGCCAUCUUUAGGCCUGAGGCGUCAGUCUCUCUGGACUAGUUAUAAUACAUGCAACAUUACAUACAUUAAACUAUGAAAAACAUCCACAUAAGGAGAAAAACACACUCUUACAAACAAGACUCGUGAUGAGCUACACUCCACCCUUUGUGAAGAACGAGGCCCUCCUCCCUCUCCAGCGUCUCUUGAAUUAUCGGGCGUCCCAACAUCCUUCUCCUCCAGCAGACUGUGGGCUUUCAGUUGGGGGGACACUGACAGGUGGACCAAAUCUGGGAAAAGGAGACUUUUAGCGAGACAUGGCUCCGUCCAGGAUCAGUCUGGAGUCUCUGUUGGUGCUUUUGCUGACAAUCGUGCUCAUUUGCUCGGCUCAGAGGGGCCCGGUUGGACCCAGGGGCCCCCCAGGCCCCCCAGGAGCAGCCGGUGUGCCAGGAGUAGACGGCAUCGAUGGCGACAGAGGAGAAGACUCCACUGUAACUGGAGGCCCGGGUCCUGUUGGCGACAAUGGCAGAGAUGGAGCUCCUGGAGCUCCAGGUCUUCCAGGCGCAGAUGGACCUGUCGGACCUCCUGGGGUUUUGGGCCCAGUCGGCCCAAAAGGGUCCAAAGGGGAACCUGGGGCCCGCGGGCCUCCUGGGGAGCCUGGUGUUGGAGCUGACGGGCUCGAUGGCCUUCCUGGGACAGACGGGCUUCCAGGUGAACUGGGCAAAGUAGGACUCCCUGGGGACAGAGGUCGGAGAGGACAAGUUGGUCUUCCUGGUCCUAUUGGGCCUCGGGGACUUCCAGGCGUGUAUCAGGGCGAGGACCUGUGCCCCAACGCCUGCCCCACGUCUCUGACUGGAUAUCCUGGUCUCUCCGGCAUGAAAGGCCACAAAGGGGUUAAAGGUGAAUCGGGGGAACCUGGGAGACAAGGACACAAGGGAGAAGAGGGGGAGCAGGGGCCUACAGGAGAAGCUGGAGCUCAAGGAGCACCAGGCCCAGGUGGACCUAAAGGCCUGCCAGGAAUAGUGGGCUCCAAAGGGGACAAGGGACCUCGUGGAAAACCUGGUGACGUGGGUCCUCAGGGGAUUCAGGGAGCCCCAGGUGAUCGGGGUCAGAGAGGAGCCAUCGGUGAGUCGGGACCGAGGGGAGUGACGGGGGACCCAGGUCCACCAGGAAUCAGAGGAGUGCCAGGGCCAAAAGGAGAGUCUGGUCUUCCUGGUCCAGACGGCCGUGAGGGAAUACCUGGACUUCCUGGAUCCAAGGGUUUUCCAGGGAAAAAUGGAGCUCCCGGUGACCCCGGCCAACAAGGACUUCCUGGUUUACCAGGUGCUUAUGGACAAAAAGGACACAGUGGUGUAAAGGGUAACGCAGGCGAUCCAGGGGUUGUAGGACUGAUGGGGUCUCCAGGGAAACAGGGUGAGCGAGGAGAGCAGGGUGAGCUGGGACCCGUUGGACCCAGAGGAGGACCUGGGGCGCAGGGGGAGCGAGGACCUGAAGGACCCCCAGGGUCACCCGGAGCCAGGGGAAGCGGAGGGGACCCAGGCUUCCCAGGACUUCCUGGACCUGCUGGCUAUCGCGGCCAAAAGGGAGACAGGGGUGCAGUUGGUUUUAAUGGACCUAAAGGAGACCAGGGGCCUCCAGGUGCUGAAGGAACCUCAGGGGAGCGAGGAGACCUGGGAGAAGAAGGAGAAUCAGGAGAGAAAGGAUCUACCGGCCCACCAGGAGAGACAGGAAAUAAAGGCCCUGAGGGAAGCAGGGGUUUGCCGGGCAGAGAGGGCAAACCAGGCCAACCGGGGCCACGCGGCAUGCAGGGCGACAUGGGGGUACCAGGCCUGCCUGGAGCUCAGGGCCCAGCGGGAAAGGCACCAACAGACACGCACAUCAAACAAGUCUGCAUGAGGGUGAUGCAAGAGCAGCUAGCCCAGCUCGCGGCCAGCCUCAGUCGACCCGAGUCAGGCAUCGCUGGGCUGCCCGGUCUUCCCGGCCCACCUGGACCUCCGGGCCCCACUGGAGAUAACGGUUUCCCUGGACACCCCGGAUCACGAGGACUUCCUGGUCUGAAGGGGCCACCGGGUUUGUUAGGACGUAAAGGACCCAAAGGAGACCAGGGUGACAAAGGGGAGCGAGGGCUCACCACAAGGGGAGCUAAAGGGGAGUCAGGAGCUCCGGGGAUGGCAGGCGAGCCCGGCCGACCGUCCUACGGCAAGGACGGCCGUGACGGAGAGAGAGGACCUCGAGGCAUUCCUGGAGCUUCAGGCGUUCCCGGGCCUCCUGGUCCUGCCGGGCUCAACGGGUACUGUGAGCCAUCGCAGUGUGUUCUACCAAACCCACCAACCUUUCCACCAAAGGACUCCAGCAUGAAGGGCCCCAGCGACAUAUGAGCGGCCAGAGCUGAACUGGAGACUCACAGACUGGAACUGCAUGAAGACUCGUCCAUCUGGGUUUUGUGACUUGGUUUGUACGUUUUCUAAAUUUGGUCACUUGAUUUUUUACUUUUUCGCCACAAAGCAGGGCGAACAAUGAACAAGAGGCAUCAGCUCCAGACAAAGUUCACCCUUACCUCAAUUUUGCCUUUUGUGUACUGUAAAACUAAAGGAGCUUCAUAUUUUGAAAAGAUUAGCCACGUCAAGACAUGCAGCUGCAUUUUAGUCCACGCAGCCAUGAAACAAUCUGAAAGUGUUUCUGGAUGUUUCUGUAAAUGUGUCAAUAUGCAAAUUCUGAUGCUGGAUACACUGUGUUUGUAUCCGCGUUUAUCCACAUACAUCCUUUCUGUGCCUUCCCUUUAAACGUAGGAUGCGUUUGGCAAUUUCUCUGUCACAACAGUUGUUUUUGUGAUUGGAGGUUUUAUGACUUCUUAUUUAUUAUAUCAAGGUUUGACAGGACAUCUUCAAGUUGUACAAAGGAGGAAAUAAACACAUUUUGAUAAAGUCUUGCAUGUUUUAUAUGGAAAAGUAUCAAAGCGCAACAAUUAAAGUGGAAUUACUA